AUGUUCCACCAAAUUCGAAUCAAAGAAGAGGACAAACAUUCCCAGCGCUUUUUGUGGCGCUUCAAUCCAUCGGAGAAGCCAGGCAUUUAUGUAAUGGAUGUGGCAACCUUUGGUAGCACCUGCUCACCAUCCUCGGCACAGUUCUUUAAGAACAAAAAUGCAGAAGAACAUUCUGAGUUCUACCCGGAAACAUCAAAAGCGAUCAUCAGCGACCAUUACAUCGACGACUACUUGGCCAGUUUUGGUUCCGAAGAAGAAGCAACGAAUGUGACGAGCGAAGUCCGCUACGUUCAUGGCAAUGGAGGUUUCAAGCUACAUAACUGGCGUUCCAAUAGUAGCGCAGUGCUCAAACAUUUAGAAGAGGUGCAACAUGGACCAGAUAAGUGGCUCAGUUUGGGUGACGGUGUGAAAAACGAAAGGGUGCUCGGAAUGCUUUGGAGUCCAUCAACUGACGAGCUGAGUUUCUGCACUCAGAUGACGGAGGAAGUGCAACGGCUGGUUCAGACAGCCUCACGACCGACAAAAAGACAAAUCCUGCGAUGUGUUAUGACUCUGUUCGACCCGCUAGGUCUGCUUUCGCCAUUUAUCAUCCAUGGGAAGACUCUGAUUCAAGACUUGUGGCGAGAAGGUGCUGAGUGCGACGAGCAAGUCGGCGACGAGAUGUACGGAAAAUGGCAACGGUGGAUACACAUGAUUGAGUACAUUGCAAACAUCAAAAUUCCAAGAUGCUACUUCCCUUGUACCACUCGAAAAACCUACCACGGCUCUGAAAUUCACGUUUUUGUCGACGCGAGCGAGGCAGCAUAUUCUUGUGCUGUGUACUUACGAACGAACAACCAAGCCGGCAAACCUCAGUUUGUCUCCUGCAGAGUAGGAGAAAUUCUAGAACACACAUCAGCCAGCGACUGGCGGUGGGUACCAUCGCAGCUUAAUCCAGCAGAUGAAGCGACGAAAUGGGGUAGUGGACCGUACUUCGAUCGCGAAAGCAAAUGGUUUAAAGGACCAAACUUUUUGCUAGAACAAGAAACUGAGUGGCCACGUCCCAGAGAACAGCAGUUUGAACUACAAGCAGCCGAAAAGGUGAUAUUCAAACUCGUUCAGCGUGAGUUCUACCCAGACAAAGUUGCAGCAUUAUCCAACAAAUCGCCAAAUGAAACUGGACAAGAAGCAAUCGGUAAACACAGCCACAUUUACCCACUGAUGCCGAUUUUGGAUAACGACGGUUUGUUGCGUGAAAAGGGACGAAUUGGAUCGACUGAUGUACCAUAUACUGUGCGUCAUCCCGUGAUCUUGCCGAGAAAACAUCGAGUUACGGAACUCCUGAUUCACAAAUACCAUUGCUAUUAUCAGCAAGGCAACAACGAAACGGUUGUCAACGAGAUGCGCCAGCUCUACAGUACUCUGAGACUUCGCGUAGCGGUGAAGAAAAUUAGCCGUGAUUGCCAGCAUUGUAAAAUUCGCCGAGCCCGACCUAGAGUUCCACCGAUAACACCAUUGCCACCAGCGCGUUUAGCACACAACGAGCGCGCAUUCACCUACACAGGAGUGAACUACUUCGGGCCGCUGCAGGUGAAACUGGGGAGAUCGAAAGUCAAACGGUGGGUAGCAUUAUUCACCUGCCUGACGGUACGAGCUGUUCACCUCGAAAUCGCCUACACUCUGUCUACUGAAUCCUGCAUAUCCUGUAUCCGUAGAUUCGUUAGUCGCAGAGCCCCGCCAGUGGAGUUUUUUAGCGAUAAUGCAACGAAUUUCCAGGGGGCAGAUCGAGUACUUAAGCACCAGAUAAGCCAGGGACUGAGCGCAACGUUCACAAACACGAACACCAAAUGGAAUUUCAUACCACCGGGAGCGCCUCAUAUGGGUGGAGCGUGGGAACGGUUGGUGCAAUCCGUUAAAGCGGCCAUGGCUGAAGCAUAUACCGAGGGAACACUCGAUGACGAGGGGUUGCAGACACUGGUCGUGGAGGCUGAAAGCAUACAAUUGAAAGUAUUUUGGGGACGUUGGUUGCUUGAAUAUCUUCCGGUGAUUCGACGACAGCCAAAAUGGUUACACGAAACUAGGGCUCUGGAACGCGGAGACCUGGUGAUGGUCGCUGAACCGAUGAAACGCAAUGGAUGGGAACGAGGACGAAUCAUUCGAUUGAUCCAGGCACCGGACGGUCGAAUUAGACGAGCCGUCGUCAUGAUCGGCGGAAAGGGCGUGAUACGACCGGUAUCGCGGUUGGCAUUGCUCGACGUGCGAAAGAGUCGUGAAGAUCCGGAGCGCUCCGGACUACACCCGGAGGAGUCUGUUAGCGGCGAAACCGUCGAACUAGCCACCCUGGUUAAUAAUGAUCUCGAAGGGCGCUUGACAACCGUCAAAGCGGCGCCUCAAAUGACAACGAUCUGCGGCGGAAGUGUUUAA